AUGUGUGCUGGUAUUCCAAGUAAAUCUGGUCACACAGCUAUUCUGGUGAUUCAGGAUUUAUAUACCAAGUGGGUGGAAUUAUAUCUACUUAAACGAGCAACUGGAGCAAAGAUCCUGGGUGCCUUGGAAGCCCUAAUUAUGUGUCGCUGGGGAGUGCUGAAAGUUUUACUUACCGAUAAUGGUACCGAGUUCGUCAACAGAGAUUUGCACGCUCUGGCGGCGAGAGUUGAGUAUAAGCACGUGACCAUUUUACCCUAUCACGCGCAAGCAAAUCCGGUGGAGAGAGUCAACAGAAUCCUAGGGACUAUGAUACGUGCUUUUAUUGGUGCUGAUCAUUGCGAAUGGGACCUGCAUCUACAUGAGUUCCGAUUCGCAUACAAUACCGCAUUCCACAGUUCCGUGGGGGCCACUCCAGCCUUUGCCAAUUUUAGUAGAGAGCCCGAGGCGGCUAUUUCGCUUCGGCGAGAGGUGGAAGGAGUUGUCGAAAUUAUUCCACGACCACAUCAGGAAUGGGUCGACCGCAUGGCACGGCUAAACCGGUGGGGAGAGUCCAUAGUGCAUGCACUGGAGACCGCGUUCCAACGUGAGGCGCACUACUACAACUUGCGCCGACGACAUCGACAGUUUCAAGUCGGUGACUUGAUACUGAAGCGUCAGCAUGUGUUAUCCUUAGUCGCGAAGAGAUUCACGGCUAAGACGAUGACCCCGUUUCACGGACCAUUCGUUGUUUCUCGUCGUAUUUCUGAUACUGUGUAUGAGUUGGAGAGCUUGGAUGGACGGAGUCUCGGAAGAUCUCUGUCCAGGACCUCAAACCAUACCAUCCUCCCGAGUAAUCAGUUCCGAGUCAUUUAG